GGCAGUCUCAGUGCAGCGAUGGCGUCUUCCAUUGCGGUGUGUAGGUUGCAUAUGAGGGGCAGACUCUCUAAAUGCUUUAAAAAAGUAGAUUCAUGUUUUCAAAGAAAGUUCGGAACUAAUACUGCUGCUACGAAGACCGAUGCACCCAAUAAGAAAUAUAAAAUCGACUCAAAGGAUAGAAACAAAUCUUUUUACACAGUCCAAGAGGAGAAGAUAGAGCAGGCAGAGAGAUCUGUCCUUAUCAGCUGCCCGGCCAAAACCAACGAGAAAAAGUUCCUCAACUAUUUAUCCAGACAUGGAGAUAUCAACAAAUGUUUCUUUUAUGAAAGCUACGGUACAUAUGCUGUGGUGGAGUUUUCCAACAAGGAGAGCCUCACAUCACUCCACGAAGGGACGGCCAUCCCCAGUAUCAACCAUGAAGCUACAGUGCCUUUCAAGUCCAGACUGCUUUCGCUCAGGAACGCUGGUCCUGUAGACAUGUCCAAUGGCCAGUCCGCCCCUCAGUGCCAACCACAGACCACCAUACACAUUAACGAKCUCAUACAGAGACUGUCCAAAGAAGACAGUAUAGACCAACAGAUCUCCUCCCUUACAGAGACGUACCAGCUGACGGAAGAGAACGUCUGCCUGCGCUUCCUGGUCUGCUCCCUUCUAAAGGACAUAGCUGCUGCAUAUUUCCCAGAAUGCACCAUUCGGCCCUUUGGCUCCUCCGUGAACGGCUUCGGGAAGCUGGGCUGUGACCUAGACAUGUUUCUGGACCUGGACGGCAUCAGUGGAAGAAAUCUGAAAAGGCCAAAAGCAGGGCUCUCCUUGGAGUACCAGACAAAGAGGUCUGCGUCUGAGCGGGCGGGUACCCAGAGUAUCCUGUCUGUGAUCGGGGAGUGUGUAGACCAGUUUGGUCCUGGCUGUGUCGGGGUGCAGAAGAUCCUCCAGGCUCGCUGUCCCCUGGUCCGAUUCGCCCACCAACCAUCAGGGUUCCAGUGUGACCUCACGGCUAACAAUAGGGUGGCGAUGAAGAGCUCGGAGCUUCUGUACCUGUAUGGAGGGCUGGACCGGCGGGUGCGUUGCCUGGUGUUCAGUGUCCGGUGCUGGGCUCGGGCCCACAGUAUCACCAGCAGCAUAUCUGGAGCCUGGAUCUCAAACUUCUCUCUCACUGUCAUGGUCCUCUUCUUCCUCCAGAGGAGGACUAUUCCUAUACUACCCACCCUGGACCACCUCAAGGAACUAGCAGGCCCUCUAGAUAAGAGUGUCAUCGAGGGAAACGACUGCACGUUUGUCAGCGACUUCACAAAAAUACGACUGCAAGACAACACAGAGACAUUAGAGCAACUGCUGCAGGAGUUCUUUGAGUUCUACGGAACCUUCGCAUUCAACUGCAUGUCGAUCAAUAUCAGAAAGGGCAGGGAGCAAAACAAACCCGAGGUGUCCCCAUUGCACAUCCAGAACCCCUUUGAGCCAGCGCUGAACGUCAGUAAAAAUGUUAACGGAACGCAGCUGGAGCGCUUCGUGGCGCUGUGUCGGGAGAGCGCCUGGAUGCUGCAGCAGCGGGAGUUCAACGUACCGCCCAGAGGCAGCAGUACCGGAAACAACGCCCCCUGGGGCCUGGCAGCGCUCCUCAUGCCCUCGGUCUCCCAGGUGGCCGGGGUUAAAAGUCGUAAGAAGAGGAAGAGGGAGCCGGCCAGCGAGAGGAUAAAGGGCCUGCUGGAGUCUCUAAAGAACAGGGAGGUGAAGAGCUAGAGAGCGGCCAUGCAGUACAGCCCCACUAGAGGUCACUGGUGAGUUCUGGGUCUAUGGGUAACAGUGGCUAUGUACCCUAUCAUGGCCGUAAAGAAUGGACAUGUGAGGACUUGUCCAAUUGCUUUUCACACAACUGCAAAUAACCGAUCAGAGCCAAACCAAGCUGUACUGAUAUGGCUUGCGCCAUGGUUGCUGCAACCUACCUGAAAAGGACAAUGUGACAACAGUUUGGUUUUGUUCAGCACGGUAGUGUGAAAAGGGUACCAGUGACCAGAUGCUCGUUAUAAGAAAGUCCGACUACUCUACAUGGCGACGUUUGCACAUCGAUGUACAUAAAGAUAUGAUCGAUGUAAAGAUCGAUGUAUAUAAAGUUAUAGCGUCCGCUGACACCGUUUUCUUUGUAUACAUUUAGAUCAGAUGUUUUUUAUUAAAGAUCCUAAACAGU